AUGCAGCUUUACCAUAGAGUUUUCGCGGCAAUAUGUGUCUUCACCCCUCUCCUCUACAUCUACUGGCGAAAAUUGACGACCCCUGAUGCAGUAGGCAUCUUUAGGGGCAGAUCUCCUACGGAGGAUGUCUUUAAUAACACGCUAAGUUUCUCUAAAAUAUUUGUCAUAAACCUCCCGUCGCGAACAGAUCGCCGAGAUGCGAUGGCAUUAUCGGGUGCUGUUAGCAAUCUCACGUUUACGUGGAUUGGCGGGGUAUCAGGCGAACAGGCGACCGGUGGUAAGGGGCGCUCUUCCGGGGCAAAGGGGUCGUGGAGAUCCCACAUGAACGCUCUUCGAACCAUCGUAAGCGACGACAUAAGAAGCGCGCUUGUUGUAGAAGACGAUAUAGAUUGGGAUAUACGUAUUAAAUCGCAACUUCAGACCUUCGCAUCUGCUUCGAGGACUUGGUUGAAGGAGUCGAAAUUCGAUAAACGCCAAGAGUUGCUCGAUUACGUCCCACCCUCGCUGCUGAAGAAAGGAGAUAGCACCACAAUGGCAAUAGAUUCCGACGAGAAUACGAUACGAUUAAACCCUAGCGCCAGAAUUGAUAAUAAACCCCACGAAAGCGUUUACGGCGAUGACUGGGAUGUGUUAUGGCUAGGCCACUGCGGUGCCGAUCUUCCCGAUGCUCAAGCCCAGGUUUCGCCCCUAAGAGUUGCGAUCCUAGGAGACGAGACAGUACCAUCCCCAAAACACCUUAAACCUCACCCGUUUGCCUUAAAGGACAAGCUAGGCGAGAUAUACCCGCCGCAUACUCGCGUCGUGCAUGCGUCGAGUGGGAAUGUGUGCAGCCUGGCAUACGCUGUUAGCUUUCAAGGCGCGCGCAAGCUUCUCUCAGAAUUCGAGAGGAACUAUGAUAAGCAGUGGGAUUUGAUGUUACAGAAGUGGUGUGAAGGGGGUUAUAUCCCCAAGGAGAAGCCGCAAUCAGGUUCAGAACCAGAUAGCGAAGGUGCACGCGUGGUCAGACAACAAGAGAAGCCUCCGAUCUGCCUGACAGUGCAGCCGCCCCUAUUCAGUCAUCAUUAUGCCAAGGGUGGUGCAUCCGAUAUUCAAGGGCAAGGCGGUGGGUAUGCGAAAGGCACAGGAACCCCGUAUAUAAGAUUUAGCGUGCGAGAGAACUUGCGGCGUUUGGUCACCGGAGCGACUGUGAGUGAGUUGGUGGAUCAGUUACCUGAUGACGGAAAGACUAUCUGGUAG